GAAAUAUUUUUGACGACCUCAUGAAUCCAAGAAUAUCAGUGUUAGAAAAAUCCCACCGACUGCCUAUUUUGGGAAAAACAUGGAUUGCAGAUCACACCUGAUUUUUGCAUGAGUCCAUCCACCCCUUGAAAACCCAUGCAAAUGUUUGGACUGUGGCAAAAGCUUUACUCAGAACAGCACUCCCAUUAUUCAUAGAAGGACCGAUGCAGGAGGAGCAGCUCCACCAGUGCUCCCAGGGUGGGAAAAGAUUUAGCAUGCACACCAAUCUGGUGAGACACAAGAGAACUCAUACUGGGGAGAAACGCUUUGAAUGUCCCGUUUGUGGGAAAAGUUUCAGUCAGAAUUCCCACCUGGUGAUACACCAGAGAACUCACACGGGAGAGAAACCAUAUGAGUGUCCAGAUUGUGGGAAAAGUUUCAGUCACAAUUGCAAGUUGGUGAUUCACCAGAGGACUCACACGGGAGAGAAACCAUAUGAGUGUCCUGAUUGUGGAAAAGGUUUCAGUCAGAAUUCCCACCUGUUGAGUCACCAGAGGACUCACACGGGAGAGAAACCAUUCAAGUGUCUGGAUUGUGGGAAAAGAUUCAGUCAGAAUUCUAAUCUGGUGAUACACCAGAGAACUCACACAGGAGAGAAACCGUAUGAGUGUCUACAUUGUGGAAAAAGAUUCCGUGAGAAUUCUAGCCUGGUGGUACAUGAGAGAACUCACACAGGAAUAAAACCAUUCAAGUGUCUGGAUUGUGGGAAAAGUUUCAAUCGUAAAUCCCGCCUAGUGAUACACCAGAGGAUUCACACGGGAGAGAAGCCGUAUGAGUGCCCAGAGUGUGGAAAAGGUUUCACUUCCUAUUCCUCCCUGUUUAGUCAUCAGAGGACUCAUACAGGAGACAAACCAUAUGAGUGCCCAGAUUGUGGAAAGGAUUUCUCUUGGAAAGGUGACAUGGUGAAACAUCGGUCUACUCACAUAGAAGAGAAAUCAUAUAAAUGUCGUGAUUGUGGGAAAUGUUUCGGUCAGAAUUCCUACCUGGUGAAACACCAGAGGAUUCACAUGGAAGAGAAAACACAUAAGUGUGUAGAUUGUGGGAAAAUUUUCAGAUGGAAUUAUCAGCUGGUGAUACACCAGAGGACUCACACAGGAGAGAAGCCGUAUGAGUGUCCAGAUUGUGGGAAAGAUCUCAGUAGUAGGACCAGCCUUAUAAAUCAUGUAAGGUUACACACAGGAGAGAAACUAUUCAAAUGCCCAGAUUGUGGAAAAUGUUUCACAUAUCAUACUACCUUUUUCAGACACAAGAAAUUACACAGGCAAAAUUUGAUGAGUGUAGAGGAAUGUUGAAUUUCA